GUUUUUUUUGGUCCAGUUGCAUGUUGCCAUAGGACUGCAAAUGCUGUCAUAACCAUCCUCAAUGCCUUGGCAAUAGGAUAUACUUGUCUGUAAUCUAAAUUAUUGACUUCUAUUCGUUUAUAGUCAUUGGUAAGAGUAGGUGUACGUUUGUUUAUGUAGCAUAGCUUCUAUUGCUAAGCAAACGUUUCAGUUGGUCUGUUAACAGUGAGCGGGAACUUAGUUACCGUCUUAUCUAUAAAAAGAACGGUUGGAUGAAACGGUCCUGUCGUGCCUCUCUAACCAUUGCGUGUUAUGUUGUCUCCGAAAAAAAAUCUCGUGUGAACACUAAAACGUAGGUCGUUGAACGUAAGGAAAACUCUGCUCUUUAGCGAAUGGUCUUAUAGCCAAACACUCGGUGAUUCCUACGAUGUUCCCUUGGACUUUCUAUUUUCAUCUUCUACGCUUGUUUAUCUACGCUGCUCUUCCUUUUGAAGGUGGCUGAAUUUUAACAGUCGCUAGAACAGUUACUCAGUGCGUUUUAUUCAGUGUUGUCCUGCCUUAUUCUAGUGAUGGGCAUUUCCACCAUCAUCACUGCCUCUGAAUGAAUGCCGUCGUGGUCAUGUAGAUAAGCCAACCGGAACAUGGAGCUUCUAGAGGAGGACCUCACCUGCCCAAUUUGCUGCUGCCUUUUUGAGGACCCCCGAGUUCUGCCAUGCUCGCACAGCUUCUGCAAGAAGUGCUUAGAGGGGAUUCUGGAAGGGAACAACCGAGGUCCGGUUUGGAGACCCCCGUUUAAAUGCCCCAGUUGCCGCAAGGAGACUCCUCAAAACGGCAUAAACAGCCUCCAGAUAAACUACUCGUUACGUGGAAUAGUGGAGAAAUACAACAAAAUCAGAGUUUUACCCAGAAUGACGCAGUGCCAAUUCCACAGUGGUCAACCGCUUAAUAUAUUCUGUGCCACAGACUUAAAACUUAUUUGUGGAUUUUGCGCAACAACUGGCGAACAUAAUGGACAUAAGUUCUGUGCCCUGGAAGACGCGUAUGAGCAGGAGAAAGCCGCAUUUGAGGAUCUGUUCCAUGGAGUGGAGAGCUGGCGCAGCUCGGAUAUUCUAUCCUGCCUGGAGACACUGGAAGCCAGUAAAAAACAGGCACUUCAGUUGGUUUCCAGGGACGCAGAGAAAGUAACAGACUAUUUCGCGAAGCUGAUCAGCACUCUGGACCAUAAAAAGAACGAGAUUCUCUCCGAUUUUGAGACGCUGAAGUUGGUGGUGAUGCAAGCCUAUGAUCCCGAGAUCAACAAACUGAGCGCCGCGCUGGAAGAACAGAGGCGCGCUCUCAGCAUCGCGGAGUCCUUCAGGAAUGUGACCGACCCUCUCUGCUUCCUUCAACAGAUGCAAGAGUUCAGGGAAAAGUUGCGCAUCGUCCGGGAAACGCCGCUGCCCUCUCGGACAGACAUGGAUGUCGGUCCCCUGGUCAGGAACUUCGAUGUCAAAGGCUGGGACUCAGUGAAGCUCAAAGAUGUGGACACGCUCUCGGUCCCUCAUGAAAAUAGCGCGUAUCACUCGACAACCCCGCUUGUCGGCGGCAGAGCGCUGGGAAAAGCUUUCUUGUUUUGUGUGUGCCUGUCGCUAUGCGUGCUAAUGCUUCUGCAGCCCGUAAGCCUGACCGUGGUAUCUGCCCAAGUCUCCUCGCUCGGUCAAUCCUACCUGCCGCCUGUGACAGAGGAGUGGAAAGAGAUGAUGGGCGCCUGCGUUUUCCUGAUGGACGCCUGUCACAAUUGUAUCCUGAACCUCAUAAAUACAACUGUUGAGUUUAUUGGCUGCUGUAAGUUUCUUUAGAUUUCCGAGUGUUAUUUUUGCCACAUGGAUCUCAGAAACAAGCUAUGGUCGAUCGGAUUAAAAACCUAUAUGUAAAAGCUUUAAGUAGAUUUACACUACAAAGCUAUUCUAUUAUUUACAAGCACACAUGUAUCAUGCUUUUAGUGUUAUUUUAUAUAGUAUAUAAACUAGGGAUAGUCAUACCAAACUAAAGUGACUAAUCAAACACUAAUGAAUGUUGUCAGUUAUGUUGGUGAAUGUUUUGCGGCAGCUCUGCCCUGGAGCAAAGGGCAUCCUUCUGAAAGCCAUACGAUCACACUAACACAUUCACAACCAGCACAGAUCAUAGCCUGAGUCAACUCAUUUUAAUUUACUUUAAUAUCCGUUUAGAUAGGCCUAAGUUGAGGAGUCAGCACAAUAUUGAUAUUGUGAUCUCAUUGGUCUUUUUACCAGUCAGAAAAGAAAAAAAAAAUCCCCUGAUGUGAUAAGAUCUGAUGUGAUUAAAAGAACUGUUAGUGUCACUAAUAUCAGAAUUUGGAUGCCUGACUAAACCAAUCAUAUUUACACCGGACAUGAAUGUCUAAGUUUGGUUCCCUUUGCAUUGCAAUGAAUGAGUCUGUUGUUGUGAAAAUGCCACCAUAGAGCCCCAUACCCUGUCACCAGCCUCAUCAUUUACCUAAUAAAACUUAAAUUUGC